AUGAUCUCCACCCGCCUCGCGCGCGCUGGUGCGCUGGCCUCCAAGUUCCGUCUUGCUACCGGAACUCGGGCCUUCGCUACCGCCAACCCCCUCGACAAGAAGGUCGAGAUGACCAACCAGGAAACUGGUCACUACAUCAACUACAAGAAGAUGUCCGAGAACCUCGACAUCGUCCGUUCUCGUCUGCAGCGCCCUCUCACUUUCUCCGAGAAGGUCUUGUACUCUCACCUUGACGACCCCCACGGACAGGACAUCGAACGUGGUGUUUCUUACCUCAAGCUGCGCCCCGACCGUGUUGCUUGCCAGGAUGCCACCGCCCAGAUGGCUAUCCUCCAGUUCAUGUCCGCUGGCAUGGACCGUGUCCAGACCCCCACCACUGUCCACUGUGACCACUUGAUUGAGGCCCAGGUUGGAGGUGAGAAGGAUCUUGCCCGUGCCAACGAGAUCAACAAGGAGGUCUACGACUUCCUUGCCUCCUCCACCGCCAAGUACAACAUCGGUUUCUGGAAGCCCGGUUCCGGUAUCAUUCACCAGAUCGUUCUUGAGAACUACGCUUUCCCCGGUGGUCUGAUCAUCGGUACUGACUCUCACACUCCCAACGCUGGUGGUCUCGCUACCGCCGCUAUCGGUGUUGGUGGUGCUGAUGCCGUCGAUGUUAUGGCUGGUCUCCCUUGGGAGCUGAAGGCCCCUAACGUCAUCGGUGUCCGUCUCACUGGUAAGAUGUCCGGCUGGACCACUCCUAAGGAUAUCAUCCUCAAGGUCGCUGGUCUCCUCACCGUCAAGGGUGGUACCGGUGCUAUCAUCGAGUACCACGGUCCCGGUGUUGAGUCCCUGUCCUGCACUGGUAUGGCUACCAUCUGUAACAUGGGUGCCGAGAUUGGUGCUACCACCUCCAUCUUCCCCUUCAACGACCGCAUGUACGACUACCUGAAGGCCACUAAGCGUCAGCACAUUGGUGACUUCUCUCGCGAGUACGCCACUGAGCUCCGCGAGGAUGAGGGUGCCAAUUACGAUCAGCUCAUUGAGAUCAACCUCGAUGAGCUUGAGCCCCACGUCAACGGUCCCUUCACUCCCGAUCUUGCCACCCCCAUCUCCCAGUUCAAGGAGGCUGUCAAGGCCAACAACUGGCCCGAGGAGCUCAAGGUUGGUCUGAUCGGCUCUUGCACCAACUCCUCCUACGAGGAUAUGUCCCGCGCUGCUUCCAUCGCCCGUGACGCUCUUGACCACGGUCUCAAGGCUAAGUCUCUGUUCACCAUCACCCCUGGUUCCGAGCAGAUUCGCGCCACCAUCGAGCGUGACGGUCAGCUCCAGACCCUCGAGGAGUACGGCGGUGUCAUCCUUGCCAACGCCUGCGGACCUUGCAUUGGUCAGUGGGACCGCAAGGACGUGAAGAAGGGUGAGGCCAACUCCAUCAUCUCUUCUUACAACCGUAACUUCACUGGCCGUAACGACGCCAACCCCGCUACCCACGCGUUCGUUGCUUCUCCCGAUCUGGUUGUCGCCAUGACCGUUGCCGGUACCCUCAACUUCAACCCCAUCACCGACUCCCUCACGGACAAGGAUGGCAACAAGUUCAUGCUCAAGGCUCCCUCUGGCUCCCCCGCCGAUCGUUCCAGUGUCAGCGUUGCUGUCUCCCCCACCUCCGAUCGUCUCCAGAUCCUCGCUGGCUUCUCCGCCUGGGAUGGCAAGGAUGCCACCGAUCUCCCCAUUCUGAUCAAGUGCAAGGGCAAGACCACCACUGACCACAUCUCCAUGGCUGGCCCUUGGUUGAAGUACCGUGGCCACUUGGACAACAUCUCCAACAACAUGUUGAUUGGUGCCACCAACGAGGAGAACGGUGAGGCCAACAAGGUCAAGAACUACUUCACCAAGGAGUACGAUGCCGUCCCCGCUACUGCCCGUGACUACAAGGCUCGUGGCGUCAAGUGGGUUGUCAUUGGUGACUGGAACUACGGUGAGGGCUCUUCCCGUGAGCACGCCGCUCUCGAGCCCCGUCACCUCGGUGGUCUCGCCAUCAUCACCCGCUCCUUCGCUCGUAUCCACGAGACCAACUUGAAGAAGCAGGGUAUGCUUCCCCUGACCUUCAGCGAUCCUGCCGACUACGACAAGAUCAACCCCGAGGACAAGGUCGACCUCCUCUGCACUCAGCUCGAGGUUGGCAAGCCCAUGACCCUCCGUGUCCACCCCAAGGACGGUGGCGCCGCCUUCGACAUCUCCCUCAGCCACACUUUCAACGAGUCCCAGAUGGAGUGGUUCCGCGACGGCUCUGCCCUCAACACCAUGGCCCGCAAGGCUUAA